AAUAUAUUGGGCCUUUCGUUACUGUCAAUCAAAAAUUGGGCCUAUAGGGCUGACUAAUAGAAUCAUGCUAGCUUCAACCCUGGUUCGAUGUACUUCAGGUAUCGCACCAGACUGCCACCCAUCUCCGCUUCAUUCUCACUUCUUCGCCAUUUCUCAAUAACUCUUCUUGAGUCAACUCAGGCUAGUGGUCUGUAUGACCAUCUCCUUCAAUUAUGUAUCCAACAACGCGAGAAGAUCAAGACCCAUCAUUUGUUCGACGAAAUGCCUCAAAGACUAGCCCAAGUUUCAAGAACAGGCAAAAUCAUCCAUGCCCAGAGCAUCAAGUUUGGAUUUUGGUUGACUGACUUGCUGCCAAAUGCGAUUGUUGAUCUAUAUGCCAAGUGUGGCAAUGUGGGGUUUGCUGAAAAGGCAUUUAGUAGGCUUGAAAAGGGAGAUAUUUUGGCUUGGAACUCGGUAUUGUCAAUGUAUUCGAAACAGGGAAUGUUGGAAGAAGUUAUUAGCUGCUUUCUGUCAUUGCAGAAUAAUGGGGAUGAGGUGUUUCCAAAUGAGUUUACAAUUGCCAUUGUUUUAUCUGCUUGCGCAAGAUUGGUGAAUCUUGAGUUUGGUAAACAAAUACACUGUUAUGUUGUAAAAAUGGGUCUUGAAUUGAGCUCUUUUUGUGGAGGUUCUCUCGUUGAUAUGUACGCCAAGUGUAAUUGUUUGGCUAGUGCGAGGCUGGUUUUUGACGGAGCAAUACACCCUGAUAAAGUUUCUUGGACAUCUAUGAUUGCUGGGUACGUUCAAGUUGGUUUGCCAGAGGAGGCACUUAAAGUGUUUGAAAAGAUGCAAAAAAAUGGCCAUGUUCCAGACCAGGUGGCAGUUAUUACCACCAUAAAUGCAUUUAUGAGUUUAGGAAGGAUGGCUGAUGCAUGUUCCUUGUUCACCCAGAUUCCUAAUCCAAAUGUCAUAGCAUGGAACGUGAUGAUUUCUGGACAUGCACAGAGAGGAAGUGUUUUGAGUGCCAUUGCUAGUUUAGCAGCUCUUGACUUUGGCUUAGUAGUUCAUGCUGAGGCCAUCAAACAAGGAUUAGGCUCUAAUGUGUAUGUGGGCAGUUCUUUAAUCAGUAUGUACUCUAAAUGUGAGAAAAUGGAUGCUGCUAAGAAAGUAUUUGAGGAGUUAGAUGAGAGAAAUGUUGUCUUGUGGAAUUCGAUGCUCGGUGGUUAUACGCAGAAUGGGCAAGCAGAAAAAGUCAUGGAAUUGUUCUCUCAGAUGAAGGCAUCUGGUUUUCAGCCGGAUGAGUUCACAUAUACUAGUAUUCUUAGUGCAUGUGCUUGCCUGGAAAAUCUAGAUACUGGUCGCCAGAUGCACACAGUUAUUGUAAAGAACAAAUUUGCAUCAAAUUUGUUUGUUGGGAAUGCCUUGGUUGAUAUGUAUGCAAAAUCUGGGGCUCUCAAGAAGGCAAGACAACAAUUUGAGCACAUAAAAAAUCCAGACAAUGUUUCAUGGAAUGCAAUUAUUGUUGGAUAUGUGAAGGAAGAGGAUGAGAUUGAAGCUUUCAACAUGUUUCGAAGGAUGCAUUUAAAUGGAAUCAUGCCUGAUGAAGUGUCCUCGGCCAGUAUUCUUAGUGCCUGUGCAAAUAUUCAGGGUCAUAAAGAAGGGAACCAAGUCCAUUGUUUUUCAGUCAAAUCUGGCCUAGAAAAUAGUCUCUACACCGGAAGUUCCCUUAUUGAUAUGUAUGCUAAGUGCGGGGCUACUGAAGCUGCAUAUAAAGUUCUCUCUAGCAUGCCAGAGCAAAGUGUGGCCUCUAUCAAUGCUAUGAUAGCUGGAUAUGCAGAAAGUGAUUUAGAGAAAGCAAUGAUACUGUUUCAAGAGAUGCAGGUUGAUGGAUUGAAACCAUCUGAAGUGACCUUUGCAAGCCUUUUAGAUGCCUGUGAUGGACCUCAUAAGUUGAAUCUUGGAAGGCAAAUCCAUUGUCAUGUACUGAAGAGGGGCCUUUUAUAUGAUGAGGAGUUCUUGGGUGUCUCACUUCUGGGAAUGUACAUCAACUCCCAUAGAAAUAUAGACUCAAAAAUGCUCUUCUCCGAGUUCACAUCUAAAAGAAGUGCAAUUUUAUGGACUGCUAUUAUUUCUGGGCUCACGCAAAAUGAUUGCAGUGAGGAAGCUUUGUCCUUGUUUCUAGAAAUGCGCAAGUACAAUGUUCUGCCUGACCAAGCCACAUUUGUUAGCAUUCUUAGAGCAUGUGCUCUAUUAUCUUCUCUGCAAGAAGGUAAACAAAUUCAUUCCCUAAUUUAUCACACUGGUUAUGACUUGGAUGAACUAACAGCUAGUUCCCUAGUAGACAUGUAUGCUAAAUGUGGGGAUGUCAAGAGUUCUGUAAAAGUUUUUGGGGAAAUGAGGAACAAGUAUGAUGUUAUAUCUUGGAACUCAAUGAUAGUUGGGUUUGCCAAAAAUGGUUAUGCAGAAGAUGCACUGCAUGUGUUCCAUGAGAUGAAGCAAACAUGUGUAGUUCCUGAUGAUGUCACAUUCCUUGGUGUUCUCACUGCAUGUAGUCAUGCAGGCAGGGUAUCUGAAGGCCGUGAGAUUUUUGAUGUAAUGGUUAAUUAUUAUGGGAUUCAGCCAAGAGUAGAUCAUUGUGCCUGCAUGGUUGAUCUUCUUGGAAGAUGGGGAUCUCUUAAGGAGGCAGAGGAUUUUAUUGACGAGCUAAAAUUUGAGCCUGAUGCUAUGAUUUGGGCUACACUGCUUGCUGCUUGCAGAAUACACGGAGAUGAGAUUAGGGGCCGGAGGGCUGCUGAGAAACUGAUCGGCUUAGAACCCCAAAAUUCUUCACCCUAUGUGCUGCUUUCUAACAUAUAUGCUGCAUCUGGAAACUGGGAUGAGGUUAAUGCCUUGAGGAGGGCAAUGAGAGAAAAAGGAGUAAAAAAAUUGCCUGGAUGUAGCUGGAUUGAAGUGGAACAGAAGACAGAUCUGUUCGUUGCGGGAGACAAGUUUCAUCCUAAAGCAGAUGAAAUUGGGGAAGUUUUGAAGACUUUAGUGGCAUUGAUGAAAAAAGAUGGAUAUAUUCCUGAACUUGAUUCGUUUUUGCAUGAUGAAGACUAAGGUUAAUGCCUAGAGGAGAGUAAUUUUGCUCUCUUUUCAGUUCAUGCUAUUAUCCUUAAUCAACGAGGCAUCUUUAUCAGGUUGAAGUCACUCAUGGAAACUCCUAUACCAUUUGGCUAAAAAAGCAUUGGACUAUGAUGGUGUGAGACAGAUCUUUUCAAAGACCUGGAACUCAUCUUUCACUUGUAGACUUCUAAGGCUCAGCAUGAAUGAUUUGCCUUUGAUCAAACCAUUGAGCGGGACUCAACAUGUGCAUGCGAGCUGGUCCAAGAUGGGAACUGCAGCACAUUUGGCUGGUUUAAUAUACUCUUUUUCAUUGCAUAGAAACUUCAGGGCACAAGAGAUCCUAGAUUACAUUUUAAGUUUUUGACCUCGAAGGGCUAAUUUCAGAGAAGAGACAGUGGAACUACAAGGGAAGAAGCUCCAAGUAGCUGCUUGAGAUGUGAAGGUGAAAGUAGUAAAUCUUAGUUGUUGUA